CGAGCGCUUGAUCAUGGACCGUGGCGACGUGCCGGGUGACGUGGUGCGGACGGAGGUUCUGUUCCGCACGCGACCUCCUACCAGCAAUGCCGCUGCUGUGACGGCAGCGCCUGGAUGGAGCAGUCCGUAUCCAACACUGCUGCCGAGGCACGUUCUGGAGACGGAUGUUUCGACGCCUCAAACCAACCGACUACGGCAGCAGAGCGUCGGCACUGCCACAACGCCAAUCCAGUCUGCAUCCAAAACCAACGUGCCCUCCAGUCGAGAAGACUUUCUUGCGCUGUAUCAAAAGAGCCCGAUGCCCAGAAUCCUAGUUGCGAGGCAGCAACGGCAGCAAACUCCACCACCGCCAAUGGCGACGUCAACUUCUGCAGCACCGUCCACAACACCGUCGACGCAAACCCCACGACGGAGAUAUAUCUUUCGCUCGAAUUUGACGGCAGCUGCAUCGCCACGCGCCCCAACAACGCCUUCAACGACUUCACUUGUAACCCGAGACCAACGGUCAACCACCUCCAUGCCACCAGCGAUACCGCCCACCCAUCUGCCCGAUAAACCGCAGAUCGAUUCCGCUCCACCGCCCCAAGCUCCCGUGCCAACAGCCGCCCAUCGACCACCGACGCCACUGCGCCACCUCGUCGUCGCUCCAUCGAAUUCGCACACUGCCCCAUUGUCGACCAUGCACUCUCCAGCAACUCAGACGAGCUUGUCGACCGUAACCAAGCUGACGGCGCGAUUCAGUCCGUUCCAUCGGUCAACAUCCGCGGCUGCAUCCACCCCUCCUGCAAAGGUUCGCCUCUCAUUUGAGGACCCGCCGCCAUCGUUUCCUGUUGCAAAACCCGCCGCGCAAACGGAAAACGUGGCCAAUGAUGCCACGAUGGCCGUCGCUGCGCCCAAGCGAGAUGCCAACGCGAAGGCUAACUCUAUUGACACAAAGAAUACAGCGGGCUCUCACCCAACGGACUCGACGUCAAAGAUGGCCAUCGCGCCGUCCAGCAUGGUGGCCACGGCACCGCUUCGGAAUGCACAGCCAACCAUCGGACGAACGCAAGUGCGGGAAUCGGUCUCGCCGCGCGCCCCCACGCCUCAGGAAACUCCACUACCAAAGAGAACGCUGUCCACCACAUCCCCGCUGAACGCCGCGGUACUUCCGACAACACCAUCGGUUGUGUGCUUCCAAGAAACAUCACAGCAACCUCUCGACAAUGCGGAGACAAAAUCAUCGACCCGAUGGAAUCGUACGGCACUCACCCCUGUCGAUCCCCAGCGACGUAGUGGAGUGGCCGCGACGUCGCGCGCGCUGGUUCCCGCAAGCCCAACAAGCAUGAAAACUGCUCGUGAAGAGCCUUCAAAUCGUUCCAUGUCAGAGCAUGUUUGUGCGGCGGGACUCGGCGUCGAUCGCUCUUUCGAUCACGCCACGUCUUCGUUGAAAACGUCGACACCUGGCAAGUUAAAACCCGACUCGAUGGCGGCAACUCCGUCGCGAGUGCUAGCAACGACGAAGCCACAAUUGCCGUCGAUGAAGAAGCGCGGGCCUGGCGCUGGAAGCGCAGUCUUGGUGAAGAAGCAGCGCCGCGUGCCGCCCACGGACGCUACCUCUGUCGGCGACGGCACAACACGUGAUCCAGAGGAAUCGCCACGAAGCACGGCAUGCGGUGGGGCGCCCCCACGGAAGCCUCGAGGCCGCAGCGCGCCAACUCGUUCGAGUCCCAAACUCUCGUCGACCCAUCGCGCAAACGAUGCACCGGUAGCACGUUGGACCAAGCGUACGAGUUCGGCAAAGGGACGUGCGAUACCACCUACCUCGCACCCGGGAGACGAAAGCGGUCAUGUGUCGUCGCAGGAUGAAGCCGUAGCAGAGAGCGAUGGCGCAAGACAGCACACCACAAAGCUCCUGGAGAUGGCGACGAAAGCCCCGGUGACGUCGAGAGGGGCUGACAAGGCGUCCCGAAAACGCAGCCGCGAUGCCACCGCCCGCCCUGGGGCUGCCGCGAAGAAGUCUACCACGACGUCGCUGGCCAAAUUUCUCUCGUUCGACGAUUCUGAGGACGAAGACGAGCGUGCGACAAAGGAGCCGCUCGACGCGUCGGCGCUCAAGACGGAUCGCCCCGUGCUGGCGCUGCGAAAAUGGACGGUGGUAUGGCCGCCGCCUUUGGACGGGCCCAGUGUAAAGUUGGUCGUGCAUGGCGACGUCGGCGCGGGCACGUGGGAAUCGCAUGCGGUGGAGCGCAUUCGGCGGCCACGGCUGUUUGUGUCGGACACUGGGCAACAUGUAUCGUUGGUCGGCGCGAUGGCGCGUCCGCGGCAGUCCAGCCUGCCAGCAAAGGUUGCCGACCACUUUGAGCAAGGGAUUCCGUCCGACUGGGUCAACAUGUUUCAUGCUGUCCUCGGCACGACCCCGCGCGUGAUCAAGACAAAGCGAUCCACUCGGGAAGCAUCGAUGGCCGCGACGGCUCGACCAGAGUCGGCGGCAGGCGGGUUUUCUCUGUUUCACAUGUUUUGCCCCGAGAGCGACGGGGACGAGGUCGCACCGAGGACAGCGUCCACGGAGGCGGUCGUGUCUGACGAAAGCAGCGCCAGUGACGUCGACCGAGCCGCCGCCGCCGCCAAGCAGAGGAAUCGCACGAACGCAGCGACGACCCUGCCGCGUAAACCAGCGUUGGCGAGCGCGGACGAGCCAGUGGAUGCGUCGGCGUCCGAUGCCGACGAAUUGGCAUCGCCAUGGAUGCCAACGCGGAAACCAACACCAUCCAAGGGUCUGUCUCAAGACGCAUCAUGGAGCAAAGAGUCGUCCGCUGCAAAACGAGCUCUGACAACUCGCAGCGGACGACGCACGUCGCCGGUAAAGGAAUGGUGGAAAGCCGCCAAGGCGAUACCUGCGGCGGCAACCUCCGAGUCCAAGGGAGUCGCCGGCACGUCGGUCUGGUCCAAGCGUCAGCUGGCAAGCUUAAAGCACGCUGUCCGGGUCGUCGACCCCAAGCACCCCCAAUACUGGCACAAGGUGGCGUCGUUGGUCGAUGGCAAGUCGAGUGCCGAGUGCCAAGAAAAGCAAUUUGAAAGCGUCGGCGCCAUGAAACACAAGUCGACGUCGAAAGCGAUUCCACCGACAAGACAACUCUCGAAACCGGGCACUCGGCGCUUCAAAAAGCAAGUGCGGCAGUUUGUCGCCGAGUUUGAAGCUGGACAUGCCGGCGACGACGAUGUGUGCGAUCUCAAGCGUCGGCCGCCGUCGGCCUCGACAUCCCGGUUGACCACACCCAAGUCCAUUCGAAAGUACAAGCGCCCGCCAGACCAUUUCGACGACGACUUGUCGUCUGAUGGCGCGGAGGCCGUGCUACUGCAGUCUGUCCCGCCAGCCCAACGGGACAAGCUCGACGCGUACAAGGACGGGCUCUUGAGCCAAACCCGAUCGGGCAGGACAAAGCUGCUGCUGCCGCCAUCGACACAAAAAUCCACAUGGGCGGCACACGACGACGACAUGUUUGAAUCGUCGGACACUGUUCGGGAAACCAUGCUUGCCCGCGGUGGCGCGCGGCGUCUCGAAGGCGUGCUCACGCCGCGUGGAAGCAUGCGCGUCCGCGUCGUCAAGAAGCGCCACUCGGACGACUCGUCCGUUGAGGACAGCGCGUCGUCCGAUGACAGCGAGGUCCUCGACGACGAGUGAAUCGUACGUGUGCAGACUGUGGAUGGAUGGCGUUGAAAGGCUGUGGAGAAUGAAAUUGCAAUCAUUGUGCUGUC